CCCCAGUUCAAAAAUCUCCCACCUCAGCCUCGCGACCAAAAUCCAAUACAUCAAAGCUGAUAAACAGCUGGUGGAACAAUUUUCAAAAGCUCGGAUUGAUUUUCAAAGACGUGAUAUAUCCACCAAACCGACCCGAUCCCUCGGGCACCCAAUCCGGGACCACCAUCCUCCCUCACAACCAUGUCCUCAACAACACAACACCUCCUCCUCUCCCCCGCCGAACUCGCCUACCUGCACAGCACCCUGCGCCUCACCCCCCCAGUCCGUCCAGACGGGCGCACAGCAACGCAAUUCCGACCGCUAACAGCCGAAACCGGGGUGCUACCCGGCGCAAACGGCAGCGCGCGAAUCUGUUUCGCAGACGGCACGGAGGCGAUCGUGGGUGUGAAAGCGGAGGUAGAGAAGCGCGCGCGGGUCUCGUAUUUAGACUACUUCUACGAGAACAAGGAGCUGCGGCGGAAGCAGAAAGGAGGGGAGGCCGACGAGGGAGAAGAGGGAGAAAAUGGCAAGAACGAGGGAAGCGCGGUAGGCGGGGGCUCGAACGACUGGGUUGAGAUCACGGUUGAGAUCCCGGGGUACCGGGACGACGACAGCAGCACGGUGUUCCUCGCCACGAUGCUGAGCGAGGCGCUCCUGGCCGACGGCGAGUUCACGAAGAAGCUGCGCAUCAACCGGCGGUUUCACUGGAAGUUGUACAUCGAUAUAAUCCUCAUAUCCCCACCUCUAUCCUACCCCCUCCCCCUCCUAAGCCUAACCACACACCUCGCCCUCCUCGCGACCCGUCUGCCGCGGUUAAAAUCCGAGGCGGACGAGGACCCGAUGUUCGACGACGACUGGGCCGCCUCGCAGUUCAUCUACCCGCGAAAAACGGGCGUUCUCAGCUCGCGUCCGCCCAUCACGUUGUUAGUCAUGGCUGUGGGCGACAACAUCAUAUUCGACCCGUCGAAAGAAGAGCUCGCGGUCGCGGACUCCGCGCUCGCUGUUUCUGUUGGCGAGAGGCUGGGUCCUGUGGACGAGUCGCAGGGGGCGAUGGAUGUGGAUGGGGAGGCGGGGAGUAGUAGACAGUUACGCCUGCUCUCCGUACGGACGAUAGAUCCGCCCUCGAGGCUAACAGCGCCUGGAGUGCCGAACGCGGUGAACGCGGCAGCGUGGGGUCAAGGCGGGGGAACGACGAAGGAUCCGGGUGCCAGGACGGCAGAGACGGAUAACGUAGAGGGCGUGUGGAAGGCGCCGAGGGGAGGGGCUAAGGUGGCUGUUCUAGGAGCUAUGGUGCAGAAGGUAUUGGAAAAAGGGGGUGUUGCGGACGAGGUCCUAGAGGGUCUAGAUGCCGUCGAUCUGGGGUAGAUUCGCAAUUACGAUACCAUGAAGUUAUUAGUGCAAUACCAAAGCAAGGUUGU